AUGGCAGAGGGCUUGACAUUGCUACAUGACCUGAUCCAACGCGAUGCUGGUGCGCCUGACGAGGCGAGCAAACAGCGCCUGGAGAGGCGUGUACAGAAGCUGGUGAGUGCCGCCAAGAUAUCUGUUGCCAAACAGAGCCUCCUCCAGGACCACAAUCGCCUGCUAUGCAACAUCAACAACGAAGCCACGGUCCGCCGAACGACGCGCUCCUUAGUUCUCAGCGACGGAAAGGGAGAGGGAAAGGUGAUGCGCUGGGAGGACCUUCAGAGGGUGCGAGCGGAACGCGCUGCUAGAGAGACGGCUGCAAAUCAGAAGGGCAAAGGAAAGCGCGGUCGAAAGCGCAAGACACCUGCACAAGAAGAAGAGGAAGUACCGAUACCUCCAGAGACAGAAUCGGGCCCGUCAAGGCCAAGGGAAAAAGCGUCGAAAAAGAGCAGGGUCCAGGAGCCAGCGCCAUGGAGGGCACCAGUGGCGACGAUGUAUUAA